UUCUCGGGAAAUUUUGAGUAAACGUCAAUUUGUGUCAACUUUCUGACGACCUUAGUUCGUCCGUGGUGCGGAGAAUUUGCAAGAUUGUGUAUUUUGGUGGCCAGGCAGGACUUCCAGCGCGGAUCUUUUGGACAAAUCGUCAAGUGGGGCUGCUUCUCCGUGACAUCCGACCGCAAACACCUAGUCUAGCUUAUAAUGCUUCGAACGAUAGCCGUGCGAAAUGAGAGCCUUCUCCGUAACUCCAUCAAUCGGGCACUGCGACUCAAUACUGCCCGGUGCGCCUCCACAGAGAGCUUCCGGAGGAUCCAAGGUCACAGAGUAACAAGCAAAAGUGCCCGGAAACCAUUGGAAGCUGUGCAAUGGCAAAUGCAGACACUCCGUGGCUACUGCUCAGACCUACCGUCCCACAUAAAAGUCCUCCUUCCUGCACUUUCGCCCACAAUGGAACUGGGUACAAUUGUCAGCUGGGAGAAAAAGGAGGGUGAUAAGUUGAAUGAGGGUGACCUCCUGGCGGAAAUUGAGACGGACAAGGCAACAAUGGGAUUCGAGACACCAGAAGAGGGCUACCUGGCAAAGAUUCUCGUACCUGCUGGCUCUAAGGAUGUUCCCAUUGGGAAGCUGGUGUGUGUGAUUGUAGAGAAUGAAGCUGAUGUGGCGGCAUUUAAAGACUUCAAGGAUACCGGAGGACCUCCGCCAAAGAAAGCCGCAGCUCCAGCACCCGCACCAGCAGCUACACAAGUUGCCCCCGCUGCUCCAGCUCCACCACCACCACCACCAGUUGCCGCUGCGCCACCACGUCCUAUGACGGCAGUUGAGCAGAAGGGACCCCGUGUCUACGCCUCGCCGAUGGCAAAGAAACUCGCAGAGGCACAGCAGCUGCGACUGGAGGGUCAUGGCAGUGGCAUUCAUGGAUCCUUCAAGGUGGCAGACCUCGCUGGAUUGAGUGCAGCUCCCGCGGCGGCUGCAGCAGCUCCAGCAGCGCACAAAUUCGCCCCCGGCCAGGCCUUCAUUGACAUCCCUGUAUCCAAUAUUCGUGGCGUUAUUGCUAAGCGACUCCUCGAGUCCAAGGUCACCAUCCCACACUACUACCUCACAGUCGACAUCAACAUGGAGGCAGUACUGAAGCUCAGGGGGAAACUCAAUAAAACCCUAGAGAAGCAAAAUGUCAAGCUCUCAGUCAAUGACUUUAUCAUCAAGGCAGCCGCCACGGCGAAUAGGAAGAUACCAGAAGCAAACUCCGCGUGGCUGGACACAGUUAUUAGACAAUUCGACGCUGUGGACGUUGCAGUAGCCGUGGCGACUGAUAAGGGACUCCUCACGCCAAUUGUUUUCGGUGCAGACCGAAAGGGACUCAUCGAGAUUGCUCAGGAAGUAAAGACACUGGCCACAAAGGCGCGAGAAGGCAAAUUGCAGCCUCAUGAAUUCCAAGGGGGAACCAUUACGAUCUCCAACUUGGGAAUGUUCGGCAUAACACAUUUCUGUGCUAUAAUUAAUCCACCGCAGUCGUGUAUCCUGGCCACUGGAGGCACAGAGAAGCGACUAAUUCCCGACGAAGAAGCAGAGAAGGGUUUCCGCGUUGUUGAUGUUAUGGCGGCAACCCUCAGUUGCGACCACAGACUCGUCGAUGGGGCCAUUGGAGCCAACUGGCUUAAGCUCUUCCGCCAAUAUCUGGAGGAUCCAAAUACGAUGCUCCUGUAAAUAUGUUACAUAAACUUCCCGCGCAGUGUGUUCACGACAACUUUUCAUCACCCCCCAGUAAAAGAAAAACAAUUCAAAUCUCAUUUUUGCCUUUUUUGUUGCAAGAAAGAAUGAAAUGAGUUGGAAAAUUCCUUUAGAGAGGGUUUCUAGAAAAUCGCAAAAACAAAGGAUUUGCAAAGUGUUUUAGCCCCCCCCGGAAGAAAAUCACUUAAUUUUUUUUUUGACCAGCGAGAUAUUUGCAUUAGAUAUUAUAUAUACAGUGACUAGGUGGCGUAAUGUUAUAGAAGAGAAAAAAAGAAAUGAGAAGCGUAUUAGAAUUUGAUUUUUUUGCGUAGGAGACAAGAAAGAGUUUUUAAUUUUGAUCUGUGAACCGAAUUGUCUGAAAGACCCUUUAGAAAGAAAAAAAGAUUUUGAAUUAUAUUGGAGGAUAUUCUUUAUUGGAUGUUAUUAUUUUGUAUAAAAAAAUAUAAUUUAAAAAUAAAAAGAUCAUCGAAGAGUCACUCACACGGAA